GCCCGCCCCCGAGGCCGGCCCGGCCCGACCCGGCCCCUUGUCCUGCGUGCUUUAAGAACAGCGGAGUCGCUCCGGCAAUAGUUGUGAAGGGGUUGUGGGACGGCCAUGGCACCGCUGAGAGACUGCAAGGCCUGGCAGGAUGCUGGACUUGGCCUGUCCACUACAAGCAAUGAAGCCUGUAAACUAUUUGAUGCUGCGCUAAGGCAGUAUGCGACAUGGCGCAAUGAUGAGAACCUAGGAGGUAUUGAAGGGUGUCUUUCCAAGUUAAAGGCUGCAGAUCCAAAUUUUGUGAUGGGACAUGUCAUUGCUAAUGGAUUGGAGCUUAUUGGCACUGGAAGCUCAGUGCGGCUCAACAAAGAUCUGGGCAGUGCGCUGAAAACAAUGAUGAUGCUGUCAAGAUCUCAGCCUCUGACUGAGCGGGAGAAGCUUCACGUACUGGCGUUGGACAUGUUUGCCAGUGGACAGCUACCAAAAGCUUGUGACGUAUGGGAGCAGAUUCUACAGAACCAUCCGACUGACUUGCUGGCCCUCAAAUUUUCCCACGACGCUUAUUUCUACUUAGGAUAUCAAACACAAAUGCGAGAUUCCAUUGCUCGGGUUUUUCCUUUCUGGACACCUGAUGUUCCUCUAAGCAGCUACGUGAAGGGCUACUAUUCUUUUGGACUCAUGGAAACAAACUUCUUUGAUCGUGCUGAGGAGCUUGCCCGUGAGGCUCUGAAUAUAGAUCGGACAGAUGCAUGGUCUGUUCAUACUGUAGCUCACGUGAAUGAAAUGAAAGCAGAGGUGGAGAAAGGGUUAGCAUUCAUGAAGGAAACAGAAGACAACUGGAAGGAUAGUGAUAUGCUUGCUUGCCAUAAUUACUGGCAUUGGGCUUUAUACUUUGUGGAGAAGGGGGAAUAUGAGGCUGCUUUGACAAUUUACGACAAUCACAUUGCUCCCCGGUUCCUGUCAAGUGGAAGCAUGCUGGAUUUAGUAGAUAGCUCUUCGAUGCUGUACAGGCUUCAUCUGGAAGGUGUAAAGCUUGGAGACAGAUGGGACAGUGUCCUCAAACGUACAAAGAAGCACACCAAAGAUCAUGUUCUUCUCUUCAAUGAUGCACACCUAUUGAUGUCCUCCCUGGGAGCCAAAGACCACAAAACUACUGAAGAGCUUUUAACAACUCUUCAAGAACUUGCCAAAGACCCUGGUGAAGACCAUGAGCUUUCUCUGGCUCCUCGUGUGGGGUUGCCAUUACUCCAGGCUUUGGUGGAGUUUGAAAAUGGAAAUUGUGACAAAGCUGUGGAUCUGCUGUACCCGAUCCGUUAUCAAAUAGUCGAACUGGGAGGCAGUAAUGCUCAGAGAGAUGUUUUCAGCCAGGUAUUGAUUCACGCUGCUUUAAAUUGUAAAUCCCAAGCCAAACGAAAUCUUGCUAAGUGCCUCCUGAGAGAACGUGAUGCGAUGAGACCAAAUUCACCAAUGACAGAACGACUUAUAAGGAGGGCAGCGGCCAUUCAUUCAGUGGCAUAAGUCUGUCCUCAGUGCUAGCAAUAAGCUUACCAAUUGAAGGAAGUGGAGGGACGCUGUGCUGCAAACCAUGCUAGAGAAUCCCUAGGAGCAAGAGAUCUGAUGACUGCUUUCUUGGAAAUAUAAUCUGAAAUGCGACAGCUUUAAAUCAUGGAUGAUUCUGCACGGAAAUUAGAAGAUUACCUGCUUGUUAUGCAUGUCUAUCUGAACCUUCCUGGGAUGCUGCUUUUCUAGUCCAUUUUCUUUGAAGUUCCCUCUGACCGUGCUACUAUUCAGUACAGUAGCAGUGCCUGGCUUUCAGUCAUUGGUUGUCCCAGUUUGUUACUUCAUCAAUAUGUUAAAUGUUCAGUAAACUUUUCAGAUACUUCAAAUGGAUCUUCUCAGCAUAAGAAUAGGAAAGUAUCGGGCCUGAACCAAUACAGUGUCAAGCUCCCAGUCCAUUAAGACUUAAAUUACCCUGGCAUUAUAGAUCUGUCUGCCAUCAGAAUAUUUUUCCAGGUUGUAAGAAGCUGGAACAAUUCUUUGCUCAAAGCUUGUUCAGCAGCACCCAUCCAAGACAUAACCUGCUUGACAAGCUUUUGGGGUUAAUGGUUACCAUGAGCGUGGCAGUGAGAGAAAUGUGUUGUUGGGAGACAAGGAGAAACCUUUUCAGCUGUUUGUUCUUUGGGGCAUUCAAGCUAGCAUAUGGUGGUCAGCUUGGAGGAGAGGAGAACCAUGCAGUCAGUGUGUAUACCUAGCAGCCCACUGUGCAACAGUUUUGUGUGUGAUGAACUGCUGGUUACCCAGAGGGAAGGGCACGUACUAUGGACAUGCUUUUUGCAAUUACUGUUGCUCCUGAUUAACAAAACAGAAGUGACCUUGGCAACUGGAUGCUGUUCCUGGCAACCAAAAAGUCACUGACUGGGGAGAGGAUAAAAACCUGAAGAGUUCCAAGGAAGAAUGGGUACUCCCUCCGCCAAACUGCAGCCCUGCUGGUCAGCGAGACAUUGCUGUCUGACUUGCUGGGUCUCCAGUGGUUACUAUCCCUGCUCUGGAAACUGCUUGCUAGGAUUUCUGUCUUUACUGUCACUAACCUGUGGGCUGCAAGUUGGAGCUAACCAAGUAGUUCAAAAUUAUUAUGGUACAUAGUUAGAGACAUUUUGGAGACAGCGUGGUUCACACGUCAGCUGGUCCUUUAAACGUAAAAAGGGUUCUCUUCUCUGGGCACUGAGAAGUGGAACACUGCAAAACACUCAGUGACCCUCUCUUUCUUUAUUCUGGCCUAAAGGAAACAUAAGAAAUAAUAACCUAAAAAAAUAAGGAAUAAAAACCCCAAGCCAUCACAAGGUUUGUACACUUUAUGGCACUUUUGGUUCAGUGACUUUUUCUGGCAGUAAAAGCUCUGUUUCAGCAGGAAGAAAAAAAAAAAAAAAAAAAAAGGCAGUGCAAAGGUAAUGCACAAGCUAGAAAGUUGAGCAACUCAACAAGCCCAGGGAGAGAACUCCCAUGUCAAGCUGGGUUAAUAACUGCAUGAUGUGCAGAUUAGAAUUGUUAGGGACUCCACCACUAUUCCUGAUGAUAUGAGUAUGCUGUGUUUGUAGAGGUGUCCUUCCUCUACUUGAAGCAACAUGCAAAGUGAUGCUUCUGUUGUAACACCUACUUUGUCUGGCAGAGUUCUCCAGUUAUUUGGAAAACAAAGGCAUGAGAAAAGAAAUGACACAAACUCAGCACAAAGGAUUGAAUUUUGUCUGUGUAAAAUAUACUGUACCAGCUGUCAUCUGUGCACUGCGGCAGCACACACCAUGCUGCAAGCACCCCUCUCCCAACUGGGCAUGGGGCUCCAUCCUGCCACUGCUGUCCGUGCUCUGCCUGCUCCUCAAGACAGGAUCCCAAGGUCCUCAAUCAUGGCCUGCAGAUCCCGGCCGGCAGGGAGAAAAGGAGCAGCAUUUUGCAGACCACAGGCAUGCUGCUGCCAUACACACACUGCUUUCCUACUCUUAGGAGCUGUUAGCCAUCACUGCACAACAGAACUCGGCUUUAUGAGGGGCAGCACCUUAUUAACUGAAUGUCUUCUACCCAGUAAGGGUGACUGUAAUAAAGGUAAUAAAUAAUUUAUUGUAGUUUA